UUUACCGUUGGCAUCUCUCUGCCUUCCCCGUCUCAAAGAGAAAGAACAAGAUUAUGUUUUAGUAAGAAUUGGUCUCAGUGCAAAAGUAUUGAUUUGCGCCUAUGGCUUAUUACCGAACACCUGCUGCGAUUCAAAACGAGAACUUUCGCAUCCCUAUAGGAAAAGAUGUUGAUCUUACGAAGGCUGCUCCGCCAAAGCCUGCAAAGGCAGGUCGUCAAGAUCGAAAGGCCUUGAAGGAUCUUUCCAAUACAGGAAAACCUCCGGUUUCUGGCCCAUCAAAAGCCUCGGUUCUGAAGGAUAAGUCUGCACUACGUGCUCGGGAGACCAUCAAAACUGCCCCCAAAAGAAACAUCCUCACUGAUGAAGAAAUGAAGAGAUGCCAUGAGUGGGCAAGGGAGGGAAUCGAGCAGACACACUUCACAGGAAAUGAACUACAAAAGCUACAGAAAGAUAUCGAUGAAGAACGUGUAAACAAGAAGGUUCGGAUGGUGAUGUCUGACUUACAUGAACGGUCAAAUGAUCUUGGAUUGACAGAGAAGGUGCUUUCCAAGGGUACCAAAGAUGAGAAGACGAUGGAGUUAGAAACCGAGGUGCUUCCUAUCAUCCCCACAUCUCCAACUCCAGUUUUGGUGCUCACAGGUCAUGAAGAAAUCGACGGUCUCCUUGAAUCUGAGGCCGAUCAUCCCUCAUUUCUGGAACGGCCAAUUGAGUUUCAGCUGAAAGAGGACUAACAAUGCUGAUGGUGCUCUUGCUUGAAAAUGAAGAACACUGAUGCUCCUGGCAAAUCCAUUCAUGACUUCUUAUUCUUGUCUGUUUGCGCGUUUAGAUGGAAUGGAGAAUUCUUGUAAAUCCAUUCAUGAGUUCUUACUCAUGUCAGUUUCUUUGUUUAGGUGGAAUGUAGAACUAGAAAGAAUUUUGGCCAAUCCAAUCUUUAAAAUAAUGUCAGGUUGUGUAAGUUGGAUUUUACAUAAAUAGCAAUCUCUCAGAUACUUCAAGUCA